UUUUCAGUCAGCAUCAAUUUAUCAGUUAACCGAAGCAGCUCGAAGGGAACAGAUUUACUUAACAGUUUGACCGUUUGAAUAUCAGUGAUAUAAGUUCAAGAUGAAGUUAAUUCUAUCAAUCAUUUUUACCAUAUUUGUGUCUAGUGCUGUGGGUGAAAUUAUUAAACAUGUUGAGUGUAGAGACGUAGUUAACAAAUGCCAGAUUCAUGCUGUACGGAUUAAUCCCUGUCCACAGGCUGCUGACGACAUAGCAAAUCCAUGCCACAUUAAACGUGGAAGGUCGGCUACUGUUGAAUUCGACUAUACUGCCGACUUUGAUGCUACAAAUGCUAAAGGUGAAAUAUUUUGGGUUUCCCCCGAGGGAGAUCUACCUUUCCAAGGAAUGGAUCAGAAUGCAUGCAAUUACACCCAAUGUCCGAUAAACAGAGAGAGACGAACCUACACACAAAGAUUCGAUACAAUGAGAAAAUAUCCAGCGAGAAUAUUUGAUCUCAGAUGGAAAUUGUCGAAUGCCGAUAAUGCAGAUGAGUUUUGCUGUUUCAACAUCAAAAUCAAGCUGACCAAGUAAAACGACUUUCAUUCUUUUACCAGAAGUCGUAGGCAGUUACGAUAAUUUAGCUUGUAAUAAAAAGACAUUGAGAAAACUGUG